AUGACUUUUAAAGAUUUUAUCACUGCUCUUUACGGCAAAGAGAUUUACAAUGAAACGAAAAAAUUGCAAACUUUGAAGAUACAAAAUGCAAUUGCGAAAAAUCAACUCGUUUUUCUUCAAAAAUGCAUAUCAAACAAUAUAAUUCCAAAAUCGUUUAAAAUAAAAAGUCCACUACGUACCAAAAAAGCUGAAAAUGUAAUAAAAGAAUGCAGAAAAAAAUUAUUAGUUCAUGCUCGAAAUGAAGCAAAAGAAAGAUUAUAUUCAACAACUACUGAACUACUUAAUCUUGGUCCCAAAUUUGUCCCAAUACAAAAGAACAUCCCUUAUAUGGACAUAAUCACUAAUAUUGAAACUUGCGCCUUAGAACUCAAACAACAAAAUAAACAAACACAAGCAGAGAUUCUUCGACAAAACUGUUCCAAAAUUCUAACCAGUUCUUUAAAGUUAAAAAUAAAAGAUAAUUUAACAAAACAACAACGCCUUUCUUUACAAAACCUGAAAAAACAUUCACAUCUAAAGAUAUAUCCGUUUGACAAAGGAACAGGUUUUGCUUUAUUAUGCGAAAAUGAAGCAAAAGCGAAAUUAGAAGAACAAAUAAAAAAUAGUAAAAUUAUUGAUUACGACCCAACACCCACAUUCACUACUAAAUUUCAAAAGCUAUUAUGUAAAUUAAGAAAACAAGGUAAGUUAGACAAUGCUACUUAUUUUAAAAUAUAUCCAUCAGAUUGCGUUCCACCUAGAAUCUAUGGAAUGGUUAAAGCACACAAACCGGAAAAAAACUACCCAAUGCGUCCUGUUGUUUCCACUAUUAACACACCUCCUUAUGGAACAUCUGAGUAUCUGGUUAAAAUUAUCCAACCAACAUUAAACAAAAACAUAACUCGACUAAUUAAUUCAAGAAACUUUGUCAACGAUGCUAAAGAAUGGAAGAUAGACCCUAAUGAAAUUCAGGUUUCUUUCGAUGUAAUUAAUUUAUAUCCAUCCGUACCGAUCAAUGAAGCAAUUCCUGUUAUUAUUAACAUAUUGAACGAUGAUCUUGAAGAUUUAAAAACUAGGACUAAAUUAACUCUCAUAGAUAUACACCAAUUAAUUAAACUAUCGUUAAGCAUAUGUUAUUUUUUAUACGAAGAUAAAAUCCGAAUUUUACCUAAUUCAGGUCCAAUUGGUUUAUCAUUGAUGGUAGUCAUAGCUGAAGCAUUUUUGCAAAGUAUAGAAAAAAGAGCACUUGAUAUAGCCUUUGUUAAUUCAUUCCAACCAAUAACUUAUAAAAGAUAUGUGGAUAAUAGCCAUGCUCGCUUCGAUUCAAAAGAAAAGCAAGAAUUAUUUCUUAAAGCUUUAAAUGAACAAAACCCCUCCAUAAAAUAUACCGUUGAACUUGAAAACAAAAGAAAACAACUUAAUUUUUUAGAUAUUUGUAUUACAAAUACAAUGAAUGGAUUUUAUGAGUUUCAAAUACACCGUAAGGAUGCGAUAACAAAUGUUCAAAUAAAACCAAACUCCAACAUCAACCCGAGCAUAACCAUUGGCGUCUUUAAAGGUUUUUUAUGUCGAGCAAAACAAAUCUGCUCUCAAAAAUAUCUCUCACAAGAAAUUGAUUUCCUCAUAAAUACAUUUUUUUUAAAAUAA